AUGGCGUUGGUAGUACAAAGAGUGAGGAUAUUUUUCUGGUGUGUUUUGCAGGUAAAUGACCUCUGCUGGCAUGUGCGCUGCCUCUCCUGCAGUGUCUGCAGGACCUCGCUGGGCAGGCACACCAGCUGCUACAUCAAAGACAAAGAUAUCUUCUGCAAACUUGAUUAUUUCAGGCGCUACGGCACACGCUGCGCCCGCUGUGGCCGGCACAUCCAUGCCACCGACUGGGUGCGGCGGGCAAAGGGGAACGUCUACCACCUGGCCUGCUUCGCCUGCUUCUCCUGCAAGAGGCAGCUCUCCACCGGGGAGGAGUUCGCACUGGUGGAGGAGAAGGUCCUGUGCAGGGUGCACUACGACUGCAUGUUGGACAACCUGAAGAGAGAAGUUGAAAACGGUAAUGGGAUUACUGUGGAAGGAGCAUUACUAACAGAACAAGAUGUGAAUCACCCAAAACCCGCAAAAAGAGCUCGGACCAGCUUCACAGCAGAUCAGCUCCAGGUGAUGCAGGCACAGUUUGCUCAGGACAACAACCCGGAUGCACAAACACUUCAGAAGCUGGCAGAAAGGACAGGCUUGAGCCGGCGCGUCAUACAGGUGUGGUUUCAGAAUUGCAGAGCGCGCCAUAAGAAACAUGUUAGCCCUAAUCACUCCUCGACGACGCCUGUCACAGCGGUGCAGCCCUCACGGCUGUCUCCUCCCAUGCUGGAGGAAAUGGCGUACUCUGCCUAUGUACCCCAGGACGGGACCAUGCUGACAGCUCUGCACAGCUACAUGGAUGCUCAUUCCCCUACAGCUCUUGGACUUCAGCCGUUGCUACCCCAUUCGAUGACACAGCUGCCGAUAAGUCACACCUAGCUCCUGUCAGGGACAUAAGCUACUACGGAUGUAACCUUGAGUCAUUUAUUGUGUAUUAAAAUAUCAUUGGAAAGAUGUUAAUGUUAACUUUUUCUUUAACAUCUGAAGCAUUUUCAAGAUCAUUUUUGCUGCCCAGGUAUGUAAGUAUAUUUAGCCUGCAAGACACUUUUAUGGAUUCUGCAUAAAUAACUAUUACAUUGUUUACAAGCCUUAUUAAAUACCUUUUUUUUUUGUAUUGUCUGGAAGUAGUCCACUCUAGUUGUGUGUGUUAAUUUAUUUGUCAUCAAAAGAGCACUUUGCCUAAAAGAAAGGACUGACAAUUGUGCAAAAUGUUUACAAUUCUUUGUGAAAUGUUAGUUUAUCAUUAGUUUGUAUCUGUAAGUUAUUGCUGAAAAGUAUUACCUGUAUUUGAGUUGUAUACAGCCUAUAUGUUAAAGCUUAUUUCUGUGAGUUUACAAAAAAUAAAUUUUGGUUGCAAAUAUUUUCAGAAUGAACUGAAUAAAGUUUCUGCUGUAGCAUGUGAAGCAAAAA